AUGUCAUUCAAAUUAAGCACCAUUAUCUUAUUAUUUGUCCUCAUUACGGGUAUCUGUGCCGCUUCCUUAAACAAAGUUGGUGAAUAUGGAACUUAUAUGAAUCCAAAACCACGUAAAACUGCCAAAUGUGAACCAAAUGAUUUAGUUAAAUUAUCCACUUGUUGCAACGAUGUUCUUUCCAAAUUAGACGAGUGCAAGCCUAAUGAUUUAGCUUGUGAAUGUUGUGCUUUGCAGAGUAUUGAUGAUGAGUGUUAUCAUUUAUGCCCGGGAAACCCCAAUACCAAUUUCUUGACUGUGUUGUUGCUGGACUGUGCUGAAAUGAAUGAAGUCAACGCUUGUUCUUUACCAUUUAAAAAAGAAGACCCUGAGCCUCCAAGAAAGAGUAUUGUCAAGACUGAUGAAGAAGAUCCAAGGGUUUUAGAUGAAGCAGUUGAUGCCAGUUUACAAAGUAAAGUUUACAAUGUUGAGUCCUUAACUAAACAACCCCAUUUCAAAAAUCAAAAUCCCAACUUGCUGGUCAAUGAUGAAGAGAAGAAAGAAGCAGAAGAGGAAGACAAUCAAGUAGAUACUGCAAAUGAAGCAGUUGUUGUGGAAGAAAGUGCAGUGAUCCUUGUGAAUGUUUCUUCCAAUUAUACAAAUUCCUCAACAGUUAGUUCAUUGAAUGAACAACAAUCUGGUUCAAUUGGAUUCAAUUUACCAAAUAUGGUGAUGUUAUUCAUCUUUGUAUUACUAGUUGCCAUCCAAUAA